GAGCGAGCGGCGCGCUCGAGUAGUGGGGCGCUCGGCGGGCUCCGGGAAUGGCCGAGGAGGAGGAAGACCCCACCUUUGAGGAGGAAAAUGAAGAAAUUGGAGGAGGUGCAGAAGGUGGACAGGGUAAAAGAAAGAGGCUUUUUUCAAAAGAAUUACGUUGUAUGAUGUAUGGAUUUGGGGAUGACCAGAAUCCUUAUACUGAAUCAGUGGACAUUCUUGAAGACCUUGUCAUAGAGUUCAUCACUGAAAUGACUCACAAAGCAAUGUCAAUCGGAAGACAAGGUCGAGUGCAAGUUGAAGAUAUUGUCUUCUUGAUUCGAAAAGAUCCAAGAAAAUUUGCUAGAGUUAAAGACUUACUUACUAUGAAUGAAGAAUUGAAACGAGCUAGAAAAGCAUUUGAUGAAGCAAACUAUGGAUCUUGACACCUUUUUGAAAUUUCACUAUCUUCUGUGGAAACCAUACAUAAUGACUGUGUAUUUUCUUCAGGGUUAUCCUGAUAUCUAAGCAUGUAAGUGAAAGAUUGAGAAAGUCUUUAUUUUCAUGUCCUUAAUUUUAGAAUUACACUUAAGCCUUUAAUUUCCUGCCUCUAUAUGAAUGUACUUUAAUUCUUUAUUGGCUUUUAAUGACUAUAUGUAUCUUAAAGUGUUGUAAAUCAUGCUGUAUUUAUGUGUUAGGUAGAUUUGGGCCACUGUAAGCUAUAACUGUAGCUUUUAAUAUGUGAAAUGGAGAUGUCCUUUGUUGACUCUUAAAGCUGAGACAGUGUUUCAUGUGUUCUGAAAUUUUUAGACAACAGCGACGUGAGGUUAUUAAAAAUAGUGAAUUGGUUUGUGUUUCUUUUAA